AUCAAAUCACAACUUGCAAUGCUACACCUCGCCCGUCGAGCCAUACGCCCCGGUGGCCUGCGCGCCUAUUCGGAACUCGUUGUUGGAAAGCCGCCCAGCCCUCAAUGGGUAGCUGAGCAGAAAGCCAUUGAGCAUCAUGCUCUUCAAACCACGGACUUCUGGCGCAAAAUGAGCUACUACGUCUGCGUUCCCGCUCUCGCUAUCUUCGGAUUAUACGUUUACAAUGUUGAAAUCGAGCACAAAGCCCACAACGCACACCUCAUUGCGGAGAAUGACGGAAAGCUUCCCCAGCCCCCACGUUUCGAGUACCUCAACCGACGCAACAAACCCUUUCCCUGGGGACCCAACUCUCUCUUUUACAACUCGGUGAAUCAAAGAGACAUGUCUAUUGACGACUAG